AUGGCUUGUUAAUUUGUAUCACUACCACUCCUCUCGAAAACAAAAGCCAAAAUGCAGGCCAAAGCUUGCCAUAAUAUUAUUAAUAUUCCUCCAAAACUUCUGCCACCAGCAAAAUUCCCGUCCACGGUGAGCCAAAUAACAUUACCCAGCCACGUACCACGUGCCAUAACAAUAACUACAUCACCAACUCAUGAAGUUUACACACCAGAAAUUGAUGAUACAAUUACUGCCUUUUGGGAUUAUCAAUUCCUUUUUGUGUCCCAACGUUCAGAAACCACUGAACCUAUCAACCUUCGGGUGGUGGAGGGAUCCAUUCCAUCCGAUUUCCCCUCGGGGACGUAUUACCUCACCGGGCCGGGCCUAUUCGCUGAUGAUCACGGGUCCACAGUGCACCCUUUAGACGGGCACGGUUACUUAAGGACAUUUGAAAUUGAUGGCGGUUCGGGCCAGGUAAAGUUCAUGGCUAGGUACAUUGAGACUGAGGCUCAGGCUGAGGAGCGGGACCCGGUGACAGGGAAGUGGAAGUUCACUCACCGGGGCCCGUUUUCGGUCCUGAAAGGUGGGAAGAUGGUUGGUAAUACUAAGGUGAUGAAGAAUGUGGCAAAUACUAGUGUGUUGCAAUGGGGUGGCAGGUUGUUUUGCUUGUGGGAAGGUGGUGAACCUUAUGAGAUUGAUUCUAAGACAUUGAACACUGUUGGGAAAUUUGAACUCAUCAAGAACUCUGAAUUAUUACCAGAAGAUAAAAAAAUUAAUGGCGAUUUUUUGGAUGUUGCUGCUCAAAUCUUGAAGCCCAUAUUAUAUGGGGUGUUCAAGAUGACUCCAAAGAGAUUGCUAUCUCAUUACAAGAUUGAUACUCGUAGAAACAGACUUUUGAUCAUGUCAUGCAACGCAGAGGAUAUGUUACUACCUCGGAGUAAUUUUACAUUCUAUGAAUUUGAUUCCAACUUCCAGCUGUUACAAAGCCAAGAAUUCGAGAUUCCAGAUCACUUAAUGAUCCAUGAUUGGGCUUUUACAGAUACUCACUACAUAUUGUUUGGCAAUCGCAUCAAGCUCGAUAUUCCUGGGUCAAUGACAGCAGUAUGUGGACUGUCUCCAAUGAUAUCUGCAUUAUCAGUAAAUCCCAGCAAGCCAACAUCUCCAAUUUAUUUGCUGCCCAGAUUUCCCAAUAGGAAAACUAAAGUACAAAGAGACUGGAAAAAACCGAUAGAAGCUCCUUCACAAAUGUGGGUAUUACAUGUUGGAAAUGCCUUUGAAGAAAUUAGUGAUGACAAUGGAAAUGUAAACAUACAAAUUCAGGCUUCUGGUUGCUCUUAUGAGUGGUUCAAUUUCCAGAAAAUGUUCGGCUAUGAUUGGCAAAGUGGUAAACUUGAUCCUGCCAUGAUGAAUGUAGAAGAAGGAGAAGAAAAGCUAUUGCCUCACUUAGUUCAGGUAUCUAUAAACUUGGAUGCAAAUGGGAAUUGCACGAAAUGUUCAGUAAAUGACCUAAAUCCUCAAUGGAACAAAGCUGCAGAUUUCCCUGCCAUGAAUCCAGAUUUUUCUGGAAAGAAAAAUGAAUAUGUUUAUGCAGCAACUUCUUCUGGUUAUCGCCAAGCAUUGCCACAUUUUCCCUUUGACACAGUUGUGAAACUAAACACUGCUGAUAAAUCAGUCCAAAAGUGGUCAGCUGGUAGAAGGAGAUUCAUUGGUGAACCUGUUUUUAUCCCAAAAGGAACUAGAGAAGAUGAUGGAUACCUACUUGUAGUUGAAUAUGCAGUGUCAACACAAAGGUGCUAUCUUGUAAUUUUGGAUGCACAAAGAAUUGGAGAGAAGAAUGAAGUGGUUGCAAGACUUGAAGUCCCAAGACAUUUGAAUUUCCCACUUGGUUUUCAUGGCUUUUGGGCUCCUAAUAACUCUGGACAAGGCAAUUUACAAAAUUUUAAAUCCAAAUGUAAAGAUUCUUGGUCAGUGCUGGAGGAUAGCAAUAUGGUUAAUAUUGGGAACUGAAAAAGUUUCUUCUUUGUUUUUACUAAAUAAUCUAGUAGUAUAUUCACGUACACGUCCAUUAAUAUGUAGCAUAUUCAAAAGUGUUUAGAAUUUUUCAUAGGAUUAUUUUGUAACAUAGUUCAUUGGUGUACCUGAUCCAUCCACAAGAGUUCCAACAAUGUCGAUUCUUUUAUUUCAGAAGUAAGCAUUUAGUUGCAUAAACUAUAAUAGGAGUAAUCCUAUAAAGGACUUUAUAUGUUCCAAAUCCAAACAAUGCAGGCUUUUUUUUUUUUUCUUUCUUGGAGGGGGGAUUUGUUUUCAAUAGGUACUUUUGAUAGUA